GUCACAAUUUCAAAGAGGCGAAGACACUCCGAUGAACCUCCAAACUCAAUGACACCCUGUCUCUUGAACUCACCCCCUUUCCCUUCUCUUUCUCCAUGGACUCUCGCAACCCGAACCCACCUUGCAUGCGGGUCCUAACCCGACCCCCCACACCCACACCUGCACCUGGACCCACACCCACUUCCUCUUCCUCUCCAGAUCCCCAACCAUCAUCCCAGUCCCAUCCUCGCUCCCUGGAAGGUGUAGUGGUGGUUGGGUUCCUUUCCCGGAGCCCCGACCACUCUACACACCUUAUCAAUCGGAUCCUUGACUCCAACGCAUUCGGUUCGGGUCAUCUCGACAAAACAUUGUUUGUGGAUAAAGAGGAAGUUAAGGAUUGGUUUAAGAAGAGGAAAAUCAGUUAUUACCAUGAAGAAGAGAAAGGACUCUUGUUCUUGCAGUUUUGCUCGAUCCGCUGCCCCAUUAUUCAUGGGUUCUCGAAUUCGGGUUUGGAAGAGCUGGAGUUUGAAGAACUUCAGGGUUUGCUCUUCAUGUUCUCUGUUUGCCAUGUGAUACUAUAUAUACAGGAGGGUUCACGUUUUGACACUCAUGUUUUGCAAAAGUUUAGGCUUUUACAAGCAUCUAAGCAUGCACUAACUCCAUAUGUGAGAUCGAGAACUAUCCCGCCACUGUCAUCUAGGCCUCAUUCUUCGUUGUCUUCAUCUAGGCUGGCUUCUUCGACUGGUUCUUCUCCGGUUAGAAGUGGUAGUUUCACGAGUCGCAAUUCUUCAGCUGUUUCUAUUAUGUCUGGUUUAGGUUCCUAUGUGUCGUUGUUUCCAGGAUAUUGUACUCCAGUGAUGCUCUUUGUAUUCGUCGAUGAUUUCUUGGAUGUGCUGAAUUCUGGUUCUAGUGUGGAGGAGUCAACUGAUAGUUCCUCAUUCAAUCAAUCUUCUGGUUUGAGUAGUGUGGCUAGGUCAAAUGCACCUGCAAAAGGUUCUGGUUCAGUUGUUGUGCUAGCACGCCCUGUAAGUAAAUCAGAAGGUGGUUUCAGGAAGAAACUGCAGUCAUCUCUUGAAGCACAGAUUCGUUUUCUGAUAAAGAAAUGCCGAACACUAUCAGGUUCUGAAAGUGGUCAUACUGGUUCGAGAAGUGGGGCUGUUUCAAGUUCUGCACCCUUGUUUUCACUUGACGCAUCAAGAUCUGUUGUGUUGCUUGACAGGUCUGCUAAUCUGAGGGGUGAAUCGUUGGAGUUUGCUACUGAUCUCGUGGAAGAUAUUUUGAAUGGAAAAGCAACCCCUGAUUCUCUUUUGCUUGAAAGGCAUAGUCAGAAUGCAAACAAAGAGGACAUUUUAUCCAUAAAGGAGUUCAUUUACAGGCAGUCUGAUAUUUUGAGAGGAAAAGGGGGGUUGGUUACUGGCACAAACAGUGGCUCUGCAGCUGGUGUUGGCAUGGUUGCAGUUGCUGCAGCUGCAGCUGCAGCUUCAGCUUCAGCUGGGUCUGGAAAGACAUUGACUACUCCUGAACUUCCAAGUUUGGAAAUAUGGUUAUCAUCCAGUCAACUUAUUCUAAAUGGAAUUCUUUCUGCAAAACGCAGUUGUAUUGAUGAAACUGAAGUUGUUAAAAGGAAACCUCGUCAACGAAACACUGGUUUAGCUCAAGUUGAAGGAACUUCAAGGGUUAUGGAUCCUCUAGAUGUUGCAGUAUAUUUGCUGGAAAAUAGCAGAGGACUUAACACAAAAUUUUCGACUUCGUGGUGUGAAAAAGCUCUUCCAACUGCAAAGAAUGAGUAUUUGAAGGAUUUGCCUGCUUGUUAUGCCACUGCACAGCAUGAGGCCCAUUUAGAAAAAGCAUUGCGUGCUUUCCUGUCCAUGGUCAGGGGACCUGCAGUUCAACUGUUUGCUAAAAAGCUGGAGGAUGAAUGCACAUCCAUCUGGAAAUCUGGGAGGCAGCUAUGUGAUGCUGUUAGUUUGACGGGGAAACCGUGCAUGCACCAGAGACACAAUGUCGAUACUGGUGAGCCGCAUAAUGAUGCUGCAGCCAAGCCACAUUCAAGUGGAUACUUUUUCCUUCAUGCUUGUGCCUGUGGUCGAUCACGUCAACUACUGUCUGACCCUUUUGAUUUUGAAUCAGCAAAUGUAUCCUCUAAUUGCUUCACAGACUGUGACAAACUCCUUCCUGCCAUCCAAUUACCUGAGGGCAGCAAUAUAGGACCGAUUCAAUCAUCUUCAUGGAGUUUGAUCCGUGUUGCGGGCACAAGGUACUAUGAACCUUCUAAGGGCCUCCUGCAGAGCGGGUUCUCUUCUACUCAUAAAUUUCUUUCAAAAGGGACAAUAUUUCUAGAGAAACCGACAAACCUAAAUGGCCUACCAGCUUCAAAUUUGCUGCAAGGUUCUGUAAUUAGGUCAAGUUCAGAUCCCCAGGUUGAAUUUAAUGGUGACGUAGAUAGAAAGAAAACUGUGUUUUACUCUGCAGAUAUGGAGACGGGGGUGGAAAAUCAAAGAAAACUUUCAGUAAAUAGCAAAUUAGAUGACAAAAAAAUCAGUUUUGGUAGAAAUAUUCCAAAUUUUACAAUGAGAAAGCCUUUUUCUGAGGUUGUAGCCGGAUCAUCAGCUACAGAUUCUGGAUUUCCUCCCCUACAGCAGAGGAAACAGCACCCAUCAAUUUCUGAGAAAGGUUCCAGGAAAAACUGGGCGAGAGAUAGGAUUGUAGAACAGGUUCAUCCUAAAGUUGUUCAAGGAUCUCACAAAUCUGAAGAUAUGUCACCUGUUCAAGAAACUUUAAAUGGAAUGGCUUCUAAUGGUGGCCUAGAUGGUGAUCCUUUCCUACGAAUAGGAAGCAAUGUUGUCCCUGUGAAUAUUAAUGGUGCUGAAGUAGUGAAAUCUUCCAAGCAUGCAAUAGUUUAUGUUGGUUUUGAGCAUGAGUGCCCCCAUGGCCACCGAUUCUUAUUAAGUUUAGAUCAUCUCAAUGAACUAGGACCUUUGUAUUCUUUGCCUGAAGAGUCUCGUGUACCUACUGUGGAAACUUCAGACAAUAGUCUGGUUGAUCCUUCAAACUCGGGCAGAAACAGUGGCACUGGUAAAGGUCAUCGAAGAUCAAAGGACAUGGCUGUUGCUACUGCAAAUAAGUUGAGAAAUGCAGAUAAGUCAAAGGAGAUGGGGGCAAAUUGGAAUCCAUCUAUUAAUGGGCUGGUAAAGUUCUCUGGUUCAGGGAAGGAACAGAAACAGACUUCUCUCAAUGUUCCAACACGCCCCAAUUUUAUGAAAUGUCUAGAAGCGGACUUUCUUUCUAUUAGCCUUGAUGAUGGUGGAAGUGCUUUCUCCAUUUUGAAUAGAAAUUUACCAAUAUAUAUGAAUUGCCCUUACUGCCAACUCUCCAAGAACAAGAAGGAUCCACCAAAGGUCAAGUUUGCUGGCACAUUAUCACAGUUGCAGAGGAUUUUUCUGGUAACGCCUCCAUUUCCAGUUGUGUUGGCCACAUGCCCAGUUAUACAAUUUGCGGCAUCGUGCCUCCCGUCAUCAGUGUCGGACCGUGAGCAAAAGCUGCAGUUCAGCCUCGGAUGUCAAGUAGUCCUACCACCAGAGAGUUUCCUUACUCUCAAACUCCCAUUUGUGUAUGGUGUACAACUAGUGGAUGGAAAUCCAGUUCCUCUUAAUGCUUUUGAAUGUCAACCAGAAAUGACAGCCUGGAUUAUGAGGGGCACAGCCCUGCAAGUUGUUUCCAAGGCAAGUAAACUCAGGGAGGGACACCAGAAGUAGUCAGAAUUUCGAAACCUUGUAAUUUGGACAUUGCAUUGACCUAUGGAUUUUGUGAGUUCAUGGAAGCAGAUUUGAUUGACCUACUUUACCUAUACUCAGUGCAAGGAUUUGAAUGACUUUUGAAGCUGUGUUUGGUGAUUGGUGAGCUACAACCUGAAAGCUGAGGAGUUGACAGCAUUUAACCAUUGCCAUAACUUAUAACUGAAGCUGGCCGGUGCUGUCAAGCAGUCAAUUCAUGUUGCUGUGUUACGCUCGUGCGCACAUCAGUCUCCUAUACCAGAUGUUCACACACAACUAGAUAAACAUGCUUAGAAUGAUGUUCUGUUGUGCGACUUUAAUUUGUUUGGUGUUUACUGCAAUUGGUGCCUUGUUCAUGACCCAGUUGGGAACUGUCUGUAUUAUUGUUGCAACAUGGAGGCAAGGUUCCUGCUCAUGUGGACACUGAGCUGGAUUUCAUUUUAAAAUGCUAAAGGUUAAGUUGACAAAAUUGAGAGGACGAACAAAUAUGUGAAAGAAAUAGUAGAAAACAGCUGGUGGUUUUGCCAUGCCAAAGAUGAAAAUACCAGGAUGAUGGCCUGAUAUUUACUAAGAAAAAAUUGCUCUAGCAACUUGAGUACAAGCAAUUAUCCUGUUCUCGGCUUUGUUCUGUCAUUUCAUGUCCUCACUCAUAGUGCCCUUGUGGAGAAAGGGAUGCAACUGGAAAUCCUGAGGUCCUGUUCGGAGACGGUGUGAACCUAGGGAGUAUCAUUGGCCGAAGACUGGAGCCUGCUGUGUUACAGACUGAUCCCUUUCUGGGUUCUUUUUUCUGCUGUGAUAUAAACUGAUAUGUCGAGGAAAAGUAGCUCCAUUUUCUUCCAAUUUUAAACUAAUCAUUUUGCUUGAAAUGGAAUAAAAUUCACUGUGUAUUUGUUUUUCACAA